AUGAUUACCCCUCAUCACGCAGUAAAAAAAAUGAAAGUGUGGCGCCAUUUCUCUGAGUCCCUGCAGUUGUGAAAGUCCUCCUUAGGCGGAAAAUGACAAGCAAAAAGAACCGCUCAGCACCCAGCAGUAAUGAGAGCUGGAUUGUCAUCGCUGCAAAUUCUGCCCUGGACAAGACAAAGGUUCAUGAUGGCGACCCAACAUUCAUCAGACUCAGAAAUCCAGCUACAGGUGCUGCUUCCCAGUACCUGUUCAGUAGUGGAGAUGUGCAGCUGUAUGAGGUGAAGGCGUUUGUUGAAGAUUUCCACUCAUGGUUUAUCGACCAAACUGUCCAAAGUGAUGGCCGACUGCUGUAUGUGACUCCUAUGGAUCCACUGUUCUUGUUGUUGCCUUACCUGCAGAGCAGUGCCAAGGAGGGAAAGUUUCAGCCACUGCAGCAGAUGGUCAUGGAUGAGGAUUUUCCAGGAUCCACAAGACUGCUGAAAUGCACACAGGCUCUGGACACAAUUCAUCAUGUGGCGGAUGAGAGAGUGGUGACCAGUCAGAAAUUUUACAGAUAUAGCCAAGAGAAGACCAUGGACUGGCUGAAGAAAAAGGUUUUGAACACAGUGAGUGCACUUAAAAAGAGUGACAUUUCUGUAGGUGGCGGCGUGAAGUCUACCACUUACGUGCGAGUCAAACAGGAGACGAGUGUGAAUGAAGAAGAUUAUCUGCGUUACGCUCACGGACUCAUCUCUGAAUAUAUCAGCGAAGAGCUGAGCAAGGAUCUGCACAAGCAUUUGCAGUUACCUGAAAUAUCCAGCCCUAAAGAGGUGGAGCCUCCUUCUAAGAAAAGGAAACUGUCAGAUAAACCAGUGGAAGCAGGAGAGGACUACACCAAAUUCAACAGUGCUGACUUCACCCGAAAGCUCCCUAAGAAGAUGACAGCUGCUCAGAAGACACUUGCAAAAGUGGACAAAACUGGCAUGAAGAGCAUGUCUUCAUUCUUUAGCCCUAAAGUCAAGCAGGAGAACAAGUGAGAGUGUUUGAGUCUGUAUGUGCUAGCAUAUGUGUUUAUUUUUGUUAAUAAAGUAAAAAAAAUUUAAAAAGUA